AUUUAUCCAGCGAAUCAGUGUGUGGGUUCGCUAUUGCUUUAAAUAGAGAAGGUAACAUCUCUAAUUCCAUUAGCUGGAAAGCAAGUGAUCGCACAGAGCUAGAGAGAGAGAGAAAGAAGUGAAGAGAAGAGGCAUGGAGGGAGGAAAAGGGGUGGUGAAGCACAUAGUCCUGGCCAAGUUCAAAGAAGGAACCACAGAGGAAGAAAUUGAGAAACAUGUAAAGAACUACGCCGAUCUCCUCAACCAUAUCGAACACAUGAAGUCUUUCGAGUGGGGGACGGACGUGAGCAUCGAGAACCUUCAUCAAGGUUUCACUCAUAUCUUUGAGGCUACUUUUGAGACAUUAGAGGGCCGAUCAGCAUAUGUAGCUCAUCCUGCUCAUGUUAAAUUUGGCACAGGUUUGUUUCCUACCUUGGAGAAAGUCAUUGUGAUCGACUACGUCCCCAAAGCUUAAACAGUAAGAUUUCUGAAGGCUAGUCUUCUGCUAUAUAUCCUCCUCGAGCCAUGGAUGAUGCAUUCUGUGAUAAUAAUGGGAUGGAUUAUGAGAUGUAAUAAUCUCUGGUGUUGAAUCUCCAAAUUAGUAUUUGUUUGUAUUUUCUGUUUAUUUAUGUUGAAUGGGAUUAUAUUGCCAUCUGGGACGAGCUCAUGAUUCAUGUAUAUGAUAAGAAUCCAUCGUGGUAUUCUAGCUCCUCCACUGUAAAAAACCAAAUUAAAUAAACAAUUGAAUGUUUGUGACGAACACAUUAAUAUGA